AUGGCCGCUAUGGUGAGAGCAUGCAUGCCGCUCCGCACCCCUGCUGCCGCCGCGGCCGCCUCGUCCUCCGCCGCCACCACGGCGGCUGCCCCGAGCAAGCCUCGCUCGAACGCGCGCGUGCUCGUGCUCGGCGGCACCGGCCGCGUCGGCGGCUCCACGGCCACCGCGCUCUCCAAGCUCCGUCCCGACCUGAACAUCCUCAUCGGCGGCAGGAACCGGGAGAAAGGCGAAUCUUUGGCAUCUAAACUCGGCGUCCAAUCCGAGUUUGUGGAAAUCGAUACCGGCAACGCAGCCAUGCUGAAGGAAGUGCUACAAGAUGUGGAUUUAGUUGUUCAUACUGCUGGACCUUUCCAAGGGGGCGCUGAAUGCACCGUCUUGCAGGCGGCCAUAUCGACUAAGACAGCAUAUAUCGAUGUUUGUGAUGAUAUGGACUAUUCAUGGAGAGCCAAAGCUUACCAUGAAGAAGCAAAAGCUCAAGGCAUUCCAGCUAUUACAACUGCCGGCAUAUAUCCAGGAGUGAGCAAUGUGAUGGCUGCUGAGCUUGUGAAUGCUGCUAGAGAUGAAGAUGGAGAACCUGAAAGACUAAGAUUCUUCUAUUAUACUGCAGGUUCUGGUGGUGCUGGUCCAACGAUAUUGGCAACAAGUUUUCUGCUUCUUGGGGAGGAUGUAAUUGCAUAUAACAAAGGAGAAGAAAUCAAAUUGAAGCCCUACAGUGGAGUUCUCAACAUUGAUUUUGGAAAGGGGGUUAGAAAGAGAGAUGUUUACUUACUGAAUUUGCCUGAAGUGAAGAGUGCUCAUAAAUUUUUAGGUGUGCCAACUGUCAGCGCUCGAUUUGGUACUUCUCCAUUCUUCUGGAACUGGGGAAUGGAGGCUUUUGCCAACUUUUUACCUGUUGAGUUCUUGAGGGAUAAAGAUAAGGUUCGAGAGUUGGUUGAAUUAGUUGAUCCCCUUGUCCGAGCCAUUGACGGCUUUGCAGGGGAGCGUGUCUCCAUGAGAGUAGACUUGGAAUGUUCGAACGGCCGGAAUACUAUUGAAUUGUUUUCUCACAGAAAGCUGUCUGUAUCGGUAGGCCAUUCAACGGCUGCAUUUGUUCAAGCAGUUCUGGAGGGAAGCACUCAACCAGGUGUUUGGUUCCCUGAAGAGCCAGAGGGAAUCGCAAUUGAAUCAAGAAAGCUUCUUCUCGAGCGUGCUUCCCAAGGGACAACAAACUUUGUGAUGAACAAGCCUUCCUGGAUGAUAGAGACCGACCCAAAGGAAGUUAUCUUAGGAAUAUACGUGUGAAACAACUGGAAUACACACACCUGAAUCUGGAUACAACUAUAUCCUAAUUUUGUUGAUCAAAUGUUGGAGAAACUUACAAAGUUUUGGACGUAUGAUCAAGGAUAACGCAGCAAGAAGUUGUGCAGGCAGCUUGCAGCAAGCAGAAUCCUCCAUUCCUGUGUGAUUCUUUGGUCGUGCUGUUGGAAAGGCUGUAAAUAACAUACUGUAAUGAUUUUGUUUGCUAGGGAAGUGCAGAGUGAGCAAAACCGUGCCAUGUAAACUUGUCAGGAAAAAUGUGUACUGGGUCUGUAACUGAACUAAAUGAUUAUAGAAGCUGAGAAUUAUUGCAUGAAAGUGGCCUCAUCUGAAGCUAUUAGAUGCAACAAUUGUGGUACUAAAUGGGAAAGAAAGAGUACAAGAAUUAUGAUGCGUCAAGGUGGAAUACAAGAAAAGGGAAUUUCAAGGUUGA